UAAGGUUCCCUCUGUUGUGGUGAUUGUCUUUAUUUCAUUCUUCAAGGAAUAGCCUAGAACAAAAAGCAAAUAAAAUGGUGAGGUUCUUUAGAUGCAUCAAAUCCAGCCAGAAACUUAGGAAUUAUUCCAGUAAUGUCAUUAUUGUUUCUUUCCUCCUCCUGCUAUUCAUCUACUUCUUCUCCUUUUCCUUCUCCCAAACAUGUUUGACCUUUAGCAAAUAAAUAAAUUCCAGGAGAAGGAAGGACAGUCUUGCAGAAGGAUAUUUAGGUAGCUAGGUUUUGACCAACAUGUGACCUUGGAAAAUCACCCAGCAUUCACUCUGAGCAGAGUUUGACCAUCUCAGAAGACGGCGACUGAAAAAAAGGGUCCUUGACUGGUGAUAUGUGAGAAGGCCAAAGAGGAACUAGUUGAGCGAGAAGACACUAAUGAUGGUGGCCACCACAUUUGACUCGAUCACUCAAACUCAUCACUCUCUGAAGGAAAGUUGCACGCCCUCAUUAAAUCGGACGUGUUUUCAAAACAGGGUGUUUAAUUAUGGAAGGAAAAAAAUUGUUAAAAAUCACACAAAUCCAUUUGAGGCAAAUCUCUUGAUGACAAGGGGGAUGUUGAAGCUGCAUGAGUCUUCAGUCACUCACGUUGACUUCCUGGGUAGGUUAGAAGUGGAAGGACCUCAACGGGUAUAAAAAGACCAGACGCAGCUCCGGAUUCAGCAAGCGUUCCUCUCCUGCCUGGACUAAGUUCACACUUCGUGUUGGACCACCCAAAAGACAAAUCUACCAUGCAGCAGUGCAAGCAGCCUCAGGGAUUCCCCCCAAUGGGCCAGAAUGUCAACCAAGGCAAAGGAUCAACUGGCGGCCAAACCCAAGGACAAGCUAUGCAGCAGAACCAGGGAUCAGCUGGGAAUCAAUGCAGGAGCUCGGGUGUGAGCCAGUGCCAGGACUCCGCACCAUCCCAGUGCCAGGGCUCAGGAGUGACCCAGAUCCAGUCGUCAGGGCUGAGCCAGGUGCAGGCACAGGGUGUAAGCCAGAUGCAAGGAUCUGGAGUGACCCAGAUCCAAUCUUCAGGAUUGGGCCAGUGCCAGGAAUCUGGAGUGAGCCAGUGUCAAGGAUCUGGCAUCAGCCAGUGCCAGGGAUCUGGUGGAAACCAGGGCAAGGGAUCAAGUGGAGGCCAGGGCAAGGGAUCCUCCAGGGAUCAGUGUGGCUGCUCACCUGUGAGCCAGGGCAAGGGAUCAUGUGGAGGCCAGGCCAAGGAAUCUCCCGUGGACCAGUGCGGAAGCUCUGAUAUCAGCCAGGGCAAGGGAUCGUGUGGCGGCCAGGCCAAGGGAUCUCCCGUGGACCAGUGCGGAAGCUCUGAUAUCAGCCAAGGCAAGGGAUCAUGUGGAGGCCAGGUCAAGGGAUCUCCUGUGGACCAGUGUGGUGGCUCCAGGAGCAAACACUAAGGAUCCAUCGAGGGCGCAGAGCACAACAGGCACUGCCAAAUUGACCGCCAAGGAUCUAGCCCGUGCUAAGGGGGCUUAGGCCACUUAUCGCUCCAGAGGAAUCCAGCGACCAAGAGGGUCUUUGCAAGUCUCCCAUCUUCUCUCUGUUAUCCUUGACCUUCGCUCACCUCUCUACUCUUCUGGUUCAUCGGAUUCUACGCCAAGCUUUCCAGCCGCCCCCAGAGCCUGGACUUGUCCUCUACUUUCUCUGCCACUCCAUGCAAUCUGUUGGCUUCUCUGACAUGGUCCCCACCAGGCCACUUGUCAAUAAAUCUUUUUUCCAAGCA